AUGCCUGAGAAACAACGAGUCUGUCUCGCCUACAGCGGCGGUCUGGAUACCUCAUGCAUCCUGGCCUGGCUGAUCGAAAAGGGCUUCGAGGUCGUCUGCUUCCUGGCCAACAUCGGCCAAGAAGAGGACUUUGACGCCGCGAGGGAAAAGGCCCUGAAGAUCGGCGCCAAAGCGUUCUACUGCGUGGACGUCGUUGACGAGUUCGUCAAGGAGCUGUGUUUCCCGGCCAUCCAGUGCAACGCCAGCUACGAGAACGUCUACCUGCUGGGAACAUCUCUGGCUCGUCCUGUCAUCGCUCGUGCACAAGUCGACGUGGCUCAAAAGGAGGGAUGCCAAUGGAUCUCGCACGGUUGUACUGGGAAAGGAAACGACCAGGUUCGAUUCGAACUGGCCUUUUAUGCCCUUCAGCCUAAAAUCCAAGUCAUUGCGCCAUGGCGCAUUCCAGAAUUCUACGAGCGAUUCAAGGGUCGUAACGAUCUCUUGGAAUACGCAGCCCAGCAAGGCAUCCCGGUCAGCCAGUCCAAGGCGAAGCCAUGGUCCAUGGACGAGAACCUGGCGCACUGCUCGUACGAAGCCGGCAUCCUCGAAGACCCCAACACGGCUCCGCCGCAGGACCUCUGGAAACUGACUGCCGACCCCAUCACCGCCGCCCCCAACGAGCCCGAGGAUGUGGUCAUCGAAUUCGAAAAGGGUCUGCCCGUGUCCAUCGACAGCCCCUCGACCGGCAAGAAGACCAGCCCGACCGAGCUCUUCCUCGCCGCCAACGCUCUGGCACGCAAGCACGGUGUCGGCCGUAUCGACAUUGUCGAGAACCGCUUCAUCGGUCUCAAGUCCCGAGGAUGCUACGAGACACCUGGUCUCACGAUUCUUCGCAACGCUCACAUCGAUCUGGAAGGUCUCACUCUCGACCGUGAAGUGCGCGCUCUUCGUGACCAGUUUGUGACCAUCGGCUGGUCCCGUGUCCUCUACAACGGCCUGUACUUUUCUCCUGAGCGAGAAUUCCUCGAAGCGUCCAUCAAGGAGUCGCAGAAGAGCGUCAACGGCCAGGUCCGUCUGAAGCUGUACAAAGGCAACUGCAUCAUCGUAGGCCGUAGCAGUGAGACCGAAAAGCUGUACGAUGCAAGUGAAUCGUCCAUGGACGAGAUCGGCGACUUCGAGCCCUCCGAGACAGGAGGCUUCAUCAAGGUCCAGGCCAUCCGACUGAAGAAGUACGGACAGAUGAAGGCCGAGAAGGGCGAGAGGCUGUAA